CGCAUUUUACAGCAGUUCGUCCGUAGAUGAUGUGGAAGCCGCUGGAGAAUAAAGAGCUCGUACUUUAGAGUCAGGCAGCGCCAGCGCAAAACUCCCUUCCCUUGGCAGAGAAAGAGGGGAGACAGAUAGAGAGCGAAAAGACAAAAACAAAACAGAAAAGGGCUUUGAGAGAUUUUGUGUGAGAAAAGGGGGGUUGGAGAACAGAAGCAAUGGACAGCCUGCAGGAUGCUUCCCCGUGCGCCACCGGCCAGUGGCUGGCGGCUCUGCUGCUGAGUCUGUGCUGCUUGUUGCCCACUUGCCUCCCGGCAGCAGCUCAGAGCGUGGAUUUCCCCUGGCCAGCUGAAGACAACGUCGUGGUGCGACAGGGAGACACGGCCAUCCUCAGAUGCUAUCUUGAAGAUGGUGCUUCAAAGGGAGCAUGGUUGAACCGAUCCAGUAUCAUCUUUGCGGGGAACGACAAAUGGUCUGUGGACCCACGGGUUUCAAUCGUAUCAAGCGUUAAACAAGAAUAUAGUCUUCAGAUUCAGAAGGUUGAAGUCAGUGAUGAUGGCCCAUAUACCUGUUCAGUCCAGACGCAAUACAAUCCCAAGACAUUACAAAUGCAUUUGAUAGUGCAAGUUCCUCCAAAAAUUUUUGACAUCUCUGCUAGCUCUGUUGUGAAUGAAUUCAGCAAUGUCACUCUUUUUUGUGAGGCACGUGGAAAACCAGAGCCCACCAUAACUUGGAAGCAUAUAUCGCCAUCAGCAAAAGAUUUUAUCAGUGAAGGUGAAUACCUUGAGAUUUCUGGCAUUACACGGAACCAAGCUGGAUUCUAUGAAUGUAUCGCAAACAAUGAUGUGUCAAUUUCAGAUACACGAACCGUUCGCAUUACAGUGAAUUACCCUCCGGCAAUAAAGGAAAUUAAGAGUCCUGGGAUGACCCUUGGUAAAGUUGGGCUAUUGCGAUGUGAGGCUUUUGCAGUUCCUGCAGCGGCUUUUGAGUGGUACAAGGGAGACAAGAGGUUGGCGUCCGGCAGGCAAGGGAUUCAUAUCAAGAACUUCAACACCAGAUCUAUCCUCACUGUUACUAACAUUACAGAGGAUCACUAUGGCAACUACACAUGUGUGGCUGCCAAUAAGCUAGGGACAAGUAGUGCCAGUCAUUUUCUACACAUGCCAUCCAAAGAACAAUAUGGAAUCCCUGGUGGUGCCGAAGUUAUUUUAUCCUGGUGGUACCUGGUGAUGGCACUAUCCUGCCUGGUCAGCACAUACUAGCAGAGGGGAAACUUGCCAGCCACAAUGAACGUGAGUGGGAAAGCAUGAAGAAGUUCAAGAAUCACUUCCAAGUGCUGGGAACUGGAAACAAUCUGGUACAGUUCAUUCACAGAAAAGUGUGAGAAUCAAUCAGCAGUACAAACACAGGGAUGUGAAACUUUCCUAGAAUUACUGAUCAUGUAAAUGUCUAAAUUAUAUUCUUUACAGGUUAUCAUCCAGAUCUAACACUGAACUCAUUGUCCUCAAUCAAGCUUUGUAGGCUGUGAAGUUACUUUUUGAGAACAUAUAUUGUAUUAUCUUGCAUAUAAGCUGCAAUGCUUCACAAAUUACAUUAGCCGUCCCUCCCCUCCCCAUCAAGGUGCUGGUUACAUGCAAGAAAAAUAUGGCACGCAUGAGAUAUUAUAGCCUAUAAUAUGAUUUUGUAUUUAUAAUUUUAUCAUAACACUACUGAGCAUUCAAUGAAAACAGGCCGUGUGUAUGUACAGUUCCAAAGUUUUAACAGAUUUGUCCAAAUAUAUAAAUCAGGAAAAUCCAUUUUUGCAACAGAACAGACUAGUAACAAGAGAGAAAUUCAUUUCAAUUAACUAUUAGUCAUUUUUUUAAAAUUUAACAUAUUCCAUAUUUCUUCUAAAAUACCAUGCAGUUAAAGAAUAUUUUAAUUCAAGAAAAUGAGAAAGAAUGAGGAUGUUGCAGUCAUGUAGUAGUAGUGUGCUGCCUCACAGCUCCUGUGACCUGGGUUCAAUCCUGACCUCUGGCACUGUCUGUGUGCCUGUCCUCCCUAUGACUGCAUGGGUUUCCUUUGGGUGCUCUGGUUUCCUCCCACAUCACAAAGACAAGUGGGUAGAUUAACUUGGUACUGUAAACUGCCCCUAGUGUAGGUGGGGAGAGGGAUUUGCUGGGUAUGUGAGAGAGAAUAGGUUACAGGUAAAGUAAGUGGGGGAAUGGGACUGAUGGAAAUUCUUGGAGAGCCAGCAUUGACUUGAUGGGCCAAAUGGCCUUCUACAUGGAAAGGAAAGUGCAGGAAAUAUGGGGAUAUGGGUCAUCUAUCACAAUUUACCCCUUCCAUUUUUCCCUUUGUGUUGACUUUGUUCAAAGAGUUCUUGUGCUGUCCAGUCCCAUAGUGAUUUUAGAAUAUUUCAUAUUUCCUUACAACACAGAAGAAAGCCAUUUGACCCAUCGAGUCUAUGCUGGCUCUCAGAACCAUCCCGUCAAUCCCAUUCCCCAAUUUCCCUGUAAUUUAUUCUCCUUCGUACACACAUUAACUGCUGCCUGAUUCUCCUACCACCUUGGCUAAACUAGGGGUAAUUCAUGGGGCCAGUUAACCUAGCAACCAGCAUGUCUUUGGGAUGAGGGAUAGCAUAAAAACUAGAAAUCACUAGAAAUAUGAAAAUAUAACACAUUAUUUUGGAAAUAAGUUGCAAUAGAUAGAGAAGAUUACCUCCAUUUGAGAGGAGGUUACUCCAUAUGAGACGUGACUGAGUCACAACUGAUCUCUAUAUGAGAGUGAGAAUUUCCAUCAGAGCUAAUUCUAAUCUGAUGGAGAAUCCCAACCAAAAUAUCAGCCUUCAUUUCUUUUCCAGCUGUUGGUAAACAUUUACUAUUUUCUUUUCAUUGUAGAAUAAAUGGCAUAAUUUUUUUUCAUUCUUGUUUUGCAUUUGAGUCUUACCUCUGUAUAUACUCCCAGUUUAUAAUGUAGAUGGGCUCAUCAUGGCUGAAUGAAUAUGUGGCUUAGGUACCAAUUGUGUGGACUGUCUCUGUAACAGCAUUUACAUUUACAGGUUGUGAUUUGUAUGAAGUCGCAGCACAUAAAAUCAACAUGCAUUCAUAUACGAAAGUUAACAAGUAUUACUGCCAUUUUAAAAUUUUAGCACAUUCUGGAGCAAGAAAAUGUAAAAAUCAAAGUUUGCCACUCUAUGUUAACAAGAAUUCUACCAUUCAAUUAUUUGACCAGGUGAUUGCAAGUCCAUUUGGAACAAAGCAAAACUAUAAAUCCGUUUCAGGGCUUCAAAGAAAAUAAUCUGUGCCAAAUCCUAUAGCUUUUACACAUCCAUAACAUAACUUAAAUAGUAACAGUGCCCUGGAUAGAAUCUGUUUUCCAAUAAUGUUUUCUGCACUGAAACAGGCAACAUUUUAAUUAACUAUUAAUUUAUUUAAAAAAACAUAAAACACCAGGAAUAUCCUUUUUAAAGAACAAAAAUAACUAGUAAUUACAAAUCUCAUGAUUUGAAAGAUCUAGGUGAAUGUGAGUUAGAAAAGCAAAAUAGUAUUCAGUGAGGGAACUCUGGUAAAUAUUCUCCCAUUGUCAUUUUAAUUUAUUAAAGUGGAACUGUCUUUACUGAAACACUUAAAGCUUGUUUAAUUUGGUUCCCUUGGCAUUUGUGGUGAGCCAGUUCACCAUGCAGCACCAUUUGUUUCCAAUGACACCAUGAAGAAUAUAUUCUCCAUCGCCCAACUGCUGACCUAAAUCCUCAAUCCAUGACCAGAACUCCUUCAAUUUUGCAUCUUUAUGAAUGAACGUUUGGAAAACCUUCAUUACAGUAAUUGUGGAAGGUGGAAGUGAAGCCAAAUAGCUGUAAAACAUUUACAGUCGUGGUGACCUCAAGUGUAAGAAGUGAUACAUUUCGUCAUCUUCUUAAUAAUUUUAUCUUUUGCGACAAACCUUUUUCAAGAAGAUUAUGUUCACUUAUUGUAUUGAAUAACUGUAAUGAUGGAAUUGAUAAAAAUAUAUAUAACUGCCAUAUAAUAAAGGUAUACAGUGGAUCAAACACAUUUA